AUGGUAACACGAAUGAUACAUUUGGACGUGGUAUCGGAUCUCACCACGACCGCCUUUCUCAAUAUGCUGCGCCGAUUUUUCGCUAGAGGAGGAGUACUUCGAUCCAUCACAAGCGACAACGCUCCUACAUUCGAUUUAGGCAAUACUAUUUUACAAGAGGAUAUUCAAACGGCACGAAAUGACUCCGCUAUUAUGAAAGAAGUAGGAAGUAGGGAAAUUGACUGGAGGCACAUAACGCCGUAUGCUCCCUGGCAAGGAGGUUUCUACGGAAGGCUUAUCAAGACAGCCAAGCACUCGCUCCACAAAAUUCUCGGUAGCUCAAUAGUGUCACUGGAAGAACUUUCCACAAUUGUGUUCGAAUUUGAAGCACUUCUCAAUACACGCCCACUUACCUUCAUCGCGAACGAUUUUAAUAACGAUCGAAUCCUGAUUUUCAGCAAAGAGAUAUCCAGUUAUCGUAUCCGUUGGGGUUCACCUCUGAAUCAGAAGAUCCCCCUUAUCUUUCACCAAUAG